AUGGGGGCCAAACUUCGGUACAUCAUUUCUGUGGAUAUUGGUACAACAACAAUGAAAUCCUGCGUUUAUAAUGAGAACUGCGACCUCCAAGAUACCUUUGAAACAAAUGUAAAGUUAAAUUUUGUUUAUAAUAGUCUUCUGUAGAUGCAUCUGAUAUACGUGGAGAACGAAGACCGGUCGAUAUCGGUGGAGAUGGACCCGGAGAGGGUGUGGGACGAUUUUCUGGACAUUGUUAAGAAAGCAGGUAAUUUUUGGAGGAUAAUUGUAACUCAAUAAUGCCUUUGAUUGUUUUAAAGAUAGACAGCAUCAUUGUUGAGUUGUACUUUUAUUUGUAAACAUUACGGUAUUUUCACAAUGGCUGGUUACAGUAAAUGCAGUAGGAGGCCACGAAUUCGGGAUAGCUUUGUGUACGCAACGAAAUACUUUCAUAACAUGGAACAAGUAGGUAAAAGAGACAAAAGUCUGAUAUCUUAGGGACUCGUUAGUACCUUGUCACAACUUGAUAACAUGGAAAGAUGGUAGGGCCAACAGGAUUUGCGAAGAAUGGAACCAGUCCUUUAUUUUGAAAGCGAUCAGAACUUCUGGAUGGCUUGGGUCUAAACUUUCUGGGUCUGGAAGGUUUAAGGCUGCUGGAGGAUUCAGGUUUCUGAAUGCCAUGGUGUCGCACAGGUUUCUGGUACUACUUAAGACAGUAAGUUUUAUUGAGUAUGCAGUGUCUAAAUAAAAAUCAUUUAAUACAGUAAAAUUUAGGAAGAAGAGAUGAAUAAGUUGUUAGACGCCGAUCGUCUGGCCAUGGGAACACUGGACACAUGGUUGAUGAGUAGACUUUCAAAAGGUCAAUCUCAUGUGACUGACGCAUCUUGUGCUUCAUCCACCGGUCUAUACGACCCUUUUAUCAAUGACUGGGGUCGGCUGCUACUGAAAAUCAUAGGGUUCCCUUUAAAAGUACUUCCAACUCUUGAGAAUACGGCAGAGAAGCCACUUUGUAUGAUAGCUACAGAUGUUUUAGGGAAGAGUUGUCAAGUAUGGAGUUCAGUAGGUUUCAACUUAUUCGAUCUUUAAUGUUUUUUGUUUAUUUUUUGUGGAAUUUUGAUGAGAAACGUCAAAAAGUUUGUGAAAGUAGAUUUUAUUUUAAAAUUGUUGCAGAUAGGUGAUGCUCAAUCAGCAAUACUCGGGUCAGGAGUUGUAGACAAGGAGUACGUCAAGGUGUCAUUGGGUACAGGGACAUUUGUAAACAUAUUAACAGACAAACCUCACCCUACAUUUAACGGUAAUUUACGGUAUUUAACUUAUUCCCAAUUUAAUUAUAAGAUGUAAAGGUAUGUUUAAUGAAUUGAAUUUUAGGUGUGUAUCCCCUGAUCGCAUGGAAAAUCGGAGACAACAUCAAGUAUACGACGGAAGCCAGGUCCAAUGACACAGCUACAUGUAUCCGUUGGGCCCAUACCUUUGGUUUAUACAACGAAUUGUCAGAAUUGGAUGAUUUAAACGAAAAUGACAAAGGUCAUGGCCUUCACUUCGUGCCUGCCUUCAGUGGGAUUCAGACGCCAGUUGACGACGGUAGAGCAGUGUGUUCUCUACUGGGAAUCAAACCCAAUACUACCAAAAGUCAGAUGUUGAGGGCUGUGAUCGACUCGAUUUCAUUUAGAGUCAAACACAUCUGGGACACCAUGUUGAAGGAGGUGAAGGCCAUCAAACCGACGGCUUUUAGGUAAUAUUUGAGUCAUUAGGUUGAAAAAAGCAAUCUUUGACCAAAAAGAGGUUUUUGUAUGUCAUAGCUUAAUCCGAUAUAAUUACUUUCAGAGUAUGUGGUGGAGUAGCAAAAAACGCAGUCGUUUGUCAGCAAAUAGCCGAUUUAGUCCAGGUUAAGGUCGAGAGAGUAAGCGAGCCAGAGUUUGCUUCAGCCAAAGGCGCUGCACUUUUAGCUGGGAUUACUGCAGGUAUGUCUUCAUUAUUAUUAGGUACUGCCAAGAAGUUAAGCAAAUGAAGUAUUUUAACUUUUGAAAAGAAUUCAAACUUCGAAAACAACGUUUGUUUACUGUAAAUGGUUUGGUUCAUCCCCAUGUUUCAGGUAUGUGGACCUUGAAAGAAUGUGACGAAUACGUAUCAGUAGAAGAAACUUUCUUUCCAUCCCCUAACCCCGAACUCUUCUAUCAAUACGAACAAUGGCUCAAAGCCAUCUCCAGAUGCUUAAACUUCUACGAGAACGACGCUUUCCAGAAUAGUGAUAGUUAG